GAUGCAUCGGCCCAAGCUGAGAUUCCCAUGACCCAGUUUUGUGCCUGCAGCUGCGACAAUACGGGGACAACGUGGACCUGUCUGUCUUCUAAGCUCACCCACACCGUGGACAUUAGUCAAAUCGCUGGCUCGCAAUCUCCAAUUGCCGCUAAUUUGUUACAAAAAAUGGUGCGCGGAGUGAUUGGGGAUUAA